UCGGAAGUGUUUUUAAAGCAGGCCAGAAGUCCAAUCACGACCAUAUUCUUCCUGUGAUAUUUUCUCUCUCCAUUUUCCAACAGUCCAACUUCCUCUAUGGAGGCCCCACCACUCUCCACCACUCCCCCAAUUCCCUCCACCACCCCCCAAAAGCCGGCGGCCUACACGGACUCCGGCCAUGCUGACCCCCCGCCGCCGAAGCUUCGCCUGAUGUGCAGUUACGGUGGCCACAUCGUCCCCCGCCCCCACGACAAGGCCCUCAGCUACGUCGGCGGCGAUACUCGCAUCGUCGUUGUCGACCGCGACGCCACCCUCUCCGACCUCCACCGCCGCCUCUCCAGGAGCCUCCUCCGCGAUCAGCCUUUCUCGCUCAAGUACCAGCUCCCCAGCGAGGAAUUGGAUUCCUUGAUCUCGGUCUCCACGGAUGAGGAUCUCGAGAACAUGGUGGAGGAGUACGACCGCCUGAACAGUGCCUCCGCCGCCGACGUCUCCAAGCCCUGCCGCCUCCGCCUCUUCCUGUUCCCCAAAUCACAGUCGAGCGUCGAGCGGAUUCUCGCCGAGACCGCGUCUGCUAAAUCGGAGGAGUGGUUUUUCAGCGCCUUGAACGGGAAAUCGGGAGCUCAUUCAGCUGCCGCCAGCGAUCGUGGAUUUUCCGACUCGUCGUCGGUUAAUUGCCUGCUUGGAUUGGACGAUGAUUUAAUGGGGAAGGCCGCGGUUGUGGAGAGCGGCGGUGGCGCCGGAUUUGAGGAUUUGAAGGCUGGCGUCAAUGGAAACGAGAAUCCUAAUAGCAAUAAUCAUGUAAUUAAUCAGGAUGUGCAGUCGGUCCCCAAUUCCCCCAUGCUGGGAACGUCGUCGUCCUUCGGGUCUACUUCCAGUUCCCCUUCCGUCGCUAAUUUGCCGCCGAUUAAGGUGCACGCCGAUGACAACCCCAAGGUUGGAGGGACAGGAAUCGAGGAGCAAUUUCAGCAGAUGAGCGUUGGAGUUGUUAAUUUGCCACCGCCGUUGAAGCAGGAGGAGGCCGGGAUAUAUACGACCGCCGGCGUUGCAGCCGGAACGGUGGUUCAGGGGAUACCGGUGGCGGUUGGCGGUGAGUAUGCUAAUCGGGUUAUCGCCGAAGAUGAGGGAUCGGAUCAUGGCGGGUACGGGAAGGUACAACAGAUACAGCCGCAGGUACAAGAUCAAUUGCAACCCCACCAGAUCCUUCAAUUUCAGCAGAAACAAACCAGGACGUUCGAUUUGCCGUCUCCAGAUUCAGUUUCCAGUGAGGCAAGUGUAACAAAUUCAUUGCCCAGGCAAAGACAAGCUAUUAUUUAUCAAGAACCAUUCACCCAAAUCCAAGCUACCAACACCAAAAUUUCAACUAAUCAAUUAGAAAACAAAACCUUGGAUCAAAAUAACACCCAAUCCAAAACACAACCUCUAGCUCAAGAACAGGUUUACGUGCUACCCGGUAAUGUAGUGCCGAUUUCUUCAUAUUACCCUAUUUACCCUCCCCAGCUCCAAAACCAGCAUCAUUACCACCCGGUUUAUUUCGUGCCGAAUCAAAUGCCUUACAAUCAGUCGAGAAGUGUUCCUUCUUCCACUGGGCCAAAACUAGUGAAUUCUGGCUCAGAACAGUUUGUCGGGCUCAGUCCAAUUUAUCAACCUCCCUCAGGCCAGAAUACUGCUUACGGUUAUGAAUUUGCGAACCAGAAAAAUGUGCCUGUGUACUACAAGCCUCUGCUACCUCAGAUGGCGGCUCAGUACCAGAAGCUGGUUGUACCUGAUGCAUCGCGAGAGGCACAGCCAUGAUGAUGGCUUUUGGUGGUAUUGGGUUCACAAUUUUGUGUUUUAGAAGUUUAUAUAUAUAUUAAUUACAGUGUGUGUUUGAUAUGAUCGUUUGAUAUACUUGUUUGGUUAGUGAUGUGUUGCUGAGAUAGAUAGGUGAUGAGAUACUCUGCUCUUUUCAUGUUAUUUCGCUGCUUGUCUUAGUUAAAAAUGGUUUGAUACUAUAUUGUAAAAGUUUAAUCUCGUGCGGUACAGUCAGUUUAUAUAUAUAUACAUGGUGUAAAUAGUAAAUAUUUUUACUUGAUAAUUUUGGUAUAUUCUUUAAAAUUGUAAUUUUUUUUUUAAACUUUGAGCUAUGGACUAUGGUGUUGAAGUGUACAGAUGGGGUUUGUGGAUUUUGACUUUUUCGUGAAUAUGAUUUAAUAAAGGAUUUUCACAUAUUGUUUUCUAAAAUAUUUCGCGUAAAAU